AUGUCCAACGUAAUCGAUGAAGUCAAGAGUGCGCCCGACACGUUUACGAGUUGGGACAAAUGCAUGGACAAGGCUUACUGCAAAUGGCCGGCCAUUAUCGGUAUUGUCGUUGGCUCGCUGAUCCUUCUCUCGGUGCUAUUCUGUCUGGUACAAUGCAUCUGCUGCGGUGUAUCCUGCGCAAAAAUGCUGUGCUGCUGUUGCAAUGGCUGUGAUUGUGGUGGCAAGAACAGACGUCGUGACCGAGAUGACCGGCCUAGUCACAAAGACAACGAAUACCAUCAACUGCACUCCCAGAAUCCCUACUCCGGCUAUCAGCCACCGAGCAUGAUGGCGCCGACCUAUCGCGGAGUGCCCCAGACGGCCACGUUUGAAGACUCCAAGGGUGGUGACACUCUGCCCGCCAUGCCAACAUGGGACAAUGCUACAACUCAUCGCGUCGAGGUGCAGGAGCCUCCACGUCACAGGCCGGACGAUGUCGAGAUGGGACGGCUGAACCCAGGCUACUCAAAAGGCGGCUAUGAUCAAGUCCCUCUCUCGCCAGCCUCACCUACUGGAGCAGUCCCAGGAUAUUUUCCCCCUCAGCAAUCUCACCCGUACCAGUCGGAUAUGGGCGCACAACGUAUGAAUCACCAAUCUACUGGAUACGGUCACGGCUUCGACCCUGCACCUAUUCCCAGCUCUCCCGCACCUACAUACCAAACCCACGCCCCUCACCCAUCCACAGGCGAUCGUUUCAUGUCAGGAGCUGCUUCUCCACCCCCGCACCACUAUCAAUCCAACAGUCCUUCUUAUGCUCCUUCGAGCACCAACUACGAGCCCAGCCACAACGACUACUCUUCUCGAGCCAACACCUUCUCUCCUCCGCCGGCCGGCACCAUGCCCACCGGUAACAGUUACAGUACCUACAAUAACUCGUCCGCUUUCGAGGCCCAGACAUCACCCAGAGAAGCUCGUCCGCCCUCACUGCUGCAAGUCGGCAGAAAGGCCGUGCCCGGUACUAGACGGGAGGUAUAA